AUGGAGAAGCGCAAGUGUGUGACAAUUCCUCGCUCUCUGGACGGCAGGCUGCAGGUGUCCCACAGGAAGGGACUGCCCCACGUCAUCUACUGCAGGGUGUGGCGCUGGCCCGACCUGCAGUCCCACCACGAGCUGAAAGCGCUGGAGUGUUGCGAGUUCGCUUUCUGCUCCAAGCAGAAGGACAUCUGCGUCAACCCGUACCACUACAGGCGCGUGGAGACCCCAGUGCUUCCACCUGUUCUGGUCCCGCGCCACAGCGAGUUCAACCCUCAACACAGUUUACUGGCAAAGUUCAGGAACGCCUCCCUGCACACAGAGCCUCUCAUGCCCCAGAACGCCACCUAUCCAGACUCCUUCCCUGUGCUGCCCUGCCCCUCUUUCUCCUCCUCCCCUUCUUCCUCCCACGUCCAGUCUCCCACUUCACAGAGCUACCCCGACUCCCCCAACAGCUCAGCAGAGCCUGGCAGUCCGUACCACAUCACAGCCGAGACUCCCCCACCUCCGUACAGCAUGAUGGAGACGAGUCCUCAAGACGACGUGAAGCCCAAUAACUCCACAGAAACACUCAAACUCACAUUCUCUGCUCCACACACAGAUUUAAGGCCCGUAUGUUAUGAGGAGCCAGAGUACUGGUGCUCGGUUGCUUACUACGAGCUCAACAACCGGGUUGGGGAGACGUUCCACGCGUCGUCCCGCAGCGUCUUGGUGGACGGCUUCACAGACCCUUCCAACAACAAGAACCGCUUCUGCCUCGGCCUGCUAUCCAAUGUCAACCGCAACUCCACCAUCGAACACACACGCAGGCACAUAGGCAAAGGUUUACACCUGUACUAUGUGGGCGGCGAGGUGUACGCAGAGUGUCUGAGCGACAGCAGUAUCUUCGUCCAGAGCCGCAACUGUAAUUUCCAGCAUGGUUUCCACACCACCACUGUGUGUAAGAUCCCCAGCGGCUGCAGCCUCAAGAUCUUCAACAACCAGCUGUUUGCCCAGCUCCUCGCCCAGUCGGUCAACCACGGCUUUGAGGUCGUCUAUGAGCUCACCAAGAUGUGCACCAUCCGUAUGAGCUUUGUUAAGGGCUGGGGUGCCGAAUACCACCGGCAAGAUGUCACCAGCACCCCCUGCUGGAUCGAGGUACAUCUGCACGGGCCCCUGCAGUGGCUGGACAAGGUCCUCACACAGAUGGGCUCCCCGCACAACCCCAUCUCUUCAGUGUCAUAACAUACCGUCUCUCACACAGGUAGUCGUGUAUUCUGUAUGUUCUGCUUUGUCCGGGUUUUCUGUCCAAAGGCGCUUCUAUUGACAUCUAAAUGUCUAAAACAGGGUUGUCCAAACUACGGCCCGGGGGCCAAAUGCGGACCGCGGGCCAUUUUGAAUCAGCCCUCAACAAAUUCAAAAAGUAUAAUGGAGUAUGGCCCUAAAAUGAAUUUUGUGCUCGUCUUGUAUUGUACUUCUUACAUAUAGAUGAAAACAGAUAUUACACAGUAGUAAUCAUGUCAUCACGCUUUUC